AUGACCACAAAUAAUCCACCAUCAACUGGGGCUUCAGCAGCACUGCUCUUAAUUCUCCUGCUCGAUCUCAGCGGCGCCAUCUGCCCUGCCAACGGGGACCGUCGUCGUCCUCGCUACGACGUCUUCCUCAGCCACCGGGGACCCGAUGGCCGCCACAAAUUCGCCGACCACCUCGACUCCGCCCUCCGCCGCAAGCGAAUCAAGGUCUUCCGUGACGACCGGGACCUCCCCCGCGGCGAGAAGGUCACGGAGGCCAUCUCACGGGCCAUCGACGAGUCCGUCUUCUCCCUCCUCGUGCUCACUCCGGGCUUCGCCUCGUCGGAGUACUGCCUCGACGAGCUGGUCCAGAUCAUGCAGAGCAGGGAGAAGGGACGACACCGGACUUUCCCCAUCUUCAAGGGCGUCUCCCCCGACGACGACGUUGCCGAUCCGUCCUCGUCCGGGCUUUACAAGGCCGACCUGGACCGCCACAAGCUGCGCUACAGCUACGAGAGGGUGGCCAGCUGGAUUCACGCUCUCGAUUCCAUUUCCCAUAUCGCCGGCUGGGAAAUCACCGAUCAAAUGUAA